AUAUUUUAAUACCCCUCCCCUUCAGAGAUUUGCCAAGUUUUAGAUGGGCGUAACAUUUAAAAGCUCAAGUGUGAGAGUUGAUAAGCCUCAUUUACAGAAAGGUGUUUAAUAAACAAGCAUGGACAUCUUUUGGAUUCAUGUAGAAGCUAUGUGGAAAAAAAUGGAACCAAUAUUAGCAUUCUUAAGAGGUGAAAGAGAUGGUAGAGGUGAAGCAGAGAAGAAAGGAGUGAAGCUGGACCCAGAAACCUUCUCUUGUUGCAUCUGUCUGGAUCUACUGAAGGAUCCGGUGGCUAUUCCCUGUGGACACAGCUACUGCAUGAACUGUAUUAAAAGCUUCUGGGAUGGAGAGGAUCAGAAGGGAAUCUACAGCUGCCCUCAAUGCAGGAAAACCUUUAUACCGAGACCUGUCCUGGUGAAAAGCACCAUGUUAGCAGCUUUAGUGGAGCAGCUGAAGAAGACUGGACUCCAAGCUGCUCCUGCUGAUCACUGCUAUGCUGGACCUGAAGAUGUGGCCUGUGAUGUCUGCUCUGGAAGAAAACUGAAAGCCAUCAAGUCCUGUUUAUUCUGUCUGGCCUCUUACUGUGAGAAACACCUUCAGCCUCAUUAUGACGUGGCUCCAUUAAAGAAACACAAGCUGGUGGAGCCCUCCAAGAACCUCCAGGAGAACAUCUGCUCUCGUCAUGAUGAGGUGAUGAAGAUGUUCUGCCGUACUGAUCAGAAGUGUAUCUGUUAUCUCUGCUCUGUGGAUGAACAUAAAGGCCACGACACAGUCUCAGCUGCAGCAGAAAGGACUGAGAGGCAGAGAGAGCUGGAGGUGAGUCGACAAGAAAUCCAGCAGAGAAUCCAGGACAGAGAGAAAGAUGUGAAGCUGCUUCAACAGGAGGUGGAGGCCAUCAAUCACUCUGCUGAUAAAACAGUGGAGGACAGUGAGAAGAUCUUCACUGAGCUGAUCCGUCUCAUCCAGAAAAGAAGCUCUGAUGUGAAGCAGCAGAUCAGAUCCCAGCAGGAAACUGAAGUGAGUGGAGUCAAAGAGCUUCAGGAGAAGCUGGAGCAGGAGAUCACUGAGCUGAAGAGGAAAGACGCUGAGCUGAAGCAGCUCUCACACACAGAGGAUCACACGGAGUUCAUUCUUAAUUACUCUGCACCUGCAUGCUUCAAGAAAUCUGUCUACUUUCUUCGAAUCCACUCAUUUUAUCUGCAGUACUUUGAUGAAGUGCAGAGGGAGUUCUUGCAGAUGAAAGAUAAAGUACUUGAAAUUCUAAAUGAAGAAUGGAUGAAGAUCUCCCUGAAAAUCACUCAAGUUGAUGUCUUACUGUCGCAAGAGCCUAGGACCAGAGCUGAAUUCCUUAAAUAUUCACAGCAAAUCACACUGGAUCCAAACACAGCCAACAUGCAUCUGUUUUUAUCUGAGGAAAACAGAAAAGUAAAAACCACAAAAGAAGGACAAUGUUUUCCUUCUCACCCGGAAAGAUGUGCAGCCAGAGGUCAAGUCCUCAGCAGAGAGAGGCUGACGGGACGUUGCUACUGGGAGGUGGAGAAAGGUUUGGGAGGAGUUUCAGUGGUGGUUGCAUACAAGGAUAAGAACACUGUCAAGGAAAGAUUUGGAGAAAACUCUAAGUCUUGGGCAUUAUGUGUUUUCAAACGUGGUUUUGAAUUCAGACAUAACAGCAUCAGUACCUCUAUCUCAGCUCCCCCGUCCUCCACAGUAGGAGUGUACCUGGAUCACAGAGCAGGUCUUCUGUCCUUCUACAGCGUCUCUGAAACCAUGACUCUCCUCCACAGAGUCCAGACCACAUUCACUCAGCCGCUCUAUGCUGGACUUCAGCUCUAUGGACCCGCCGGAGCCACUGCUGAGCUCUGUAAGAUUAACUACGCUUAAGCUUGAAUUAUUUUAGAAAAACAAAAGUGUGACAAAUGACAACACAUUAAUGAUUUUUGGAUUUUUGUUUAAUCUGGCUUGCAGUUAAACGGCAUCUUUUAAACCUAUUUGCUGGUAUUAUUUUCACCACUGGGUGUCGCUGCUUUUUAAUGAUUUUACCAUCAUAGCAAGUUUAAAGCAGCUACAUAAGUAUAUAGACAGAAUCUAACCAGCACUUUAGCACUGGUGCUGUUUUCCAUCACUUAGUUUUAGCUUUUAGUUUUUACUAAAGAGAACCUCAAUAAAUGCAUUGGUAUUUUGGUCAAUAGUGAUUCUUUUUCAAUUUGUCACAAUUUAGAGAAAAUCCUUAUCCUGAUUCUAGAUUAAAGCAUUUCUGCACACAAGUCCGUUUGUAAAUGAAGUCAUGAUGAACAGCUUAAAACUAUCAACUCCUUAGAUGGAGUUGGCUGCUGUAAAGCUCUGCUGGAUAAACAGGAGCCAGAUUCAACAUUUGAGUGAGAUGAAACCUGAGCAAGCUCGAUCAGAAAGUUGAUGAACUUUGUAUAUAAUGUUUAACAGCAUUAUGCCAACAUUUAAUUUACAAUGUGUUUUGAAUUGAUGAUAAAAAUAUAUCUUAAAUUGCUUUAUUAGCCAUUAGAGAAAGAGAAAUGGAAGCAUUGUUCUGUUUUAUUGCUGACAUGAUCUCCACUGCUUACCUGCUUCUGAUAGAAUAAAAUUCCUUUCGUUUGUUGAGUUGUAAUUCUAAGGAUUGUCAUGGGCUUGAUAACCAUUUAAAUAUUUUUACUGGGAAAACAAUCAUGUUAAACAGUGACUUUUUCCUUGACAAAAUCCCAACAUAAUAUAUAAGAAAUAUUAUUUAUGAUUUGUAUGACAAUAUGUCUGUGUAAGAUAACACAUGCUUCAGUUGCCUUUGUUUAGUUUCUUAUUAAAUGCAUUUUGUGAAAAUUUAUUCAUAUAUGUCACUGCACUGUCACCUUUGAUCACUGAGUGCAAAGCACCUAUAUAUAUAUAGAUGUAUUUAUAUAUAUAUAUAUAUAUAUAUAUAUAUAUAUAUAUAUAUAUUAGUAGCCAUGUGUCAGAAUCAAUAAUAGUAAAUUAAAGCAUGUAUUUUUAAUUCUGUUCACUACAUAGCAAACUAGGAGUUGUCUGUUUUAUAAUAGUUUAAAAAAUGAAAACGAUGCUGGAAUCUGAAACAAGACUAUUUAUGUUGCCAUAAUGGUGUUAAAAUGCUUUUCAAUCAUCAAAAGCAUUUCAUACUCAUGGUGGCUUCACGUUUAGUUAUUGUUUACUAAAAUCACCAUGGUUAAAAUAAAUACUAAAUACUAAAGCCAAAAAAUGAUAUAUUAUUAUGAAUAAUUUCCCCGUCCCAAAAAUAGACAUUUUUAAAACAAUGCUGUAUUCUGACUGUAUAUUAUUUACCUUAACUUAUUCAGUUUAUUUUAAUUAUGUAAACAGCUAUUUAUUCUUUUUCUUUCUUUCUUUUUUUUACGUACCUAUGUUUCCUGAUAUUACACACUAUCAGGUAAAAUGUUUGAUACCGUUUUUGUACAUGUUGGUUUGUGCAAUAAAGAUUGAAGUAAAAACGGA